AGCGAUCCAUACAAUAAACUGCUGUGUUUCGUUGUGAUGACGUCACGCGUUUUACCAACCGUUGCCUCUGGUUGGCGGAAUUUUUGAAUUCUGAAAACCAAAGAGAAAGGGUAGUGGUUACAAAAAGCUUCUACAAAAGGAGGAGAAUGAGCCGAGCGUCCAGCAGUAGACUGUCCAGUAGUAGACUGUCCGUUCUCCCACUGAGAGUGGCUGACAACCGAAACAGUAUAAUCAAUGCUACUCCACAAAGCAAAGAGCCUGGCUUUGGAAAGCUGAACAUUCCAAAACCUCAGUCCGGUACAUCCGAGAGACGGACAAGCUUUUUUGGGAAGAGCAGUGCCACCUCGCAUGUCAAAGGAACAUUUGGAGGGCCUGAGAAGAUCAAGGACCCCCGACCCCUUCAUGACAAACAGUUUGUCCAGCAGUGCAUCAAACAGCUCUGUGAGUUUCUUUCAGAGAAGGGCUUCCCCGGCACUAUGUCAGUCAAGUGCCUCCAGUCCCCGUCAACCAAGGAGUUCCUGAAGAUCUUUGCGUUCAUUUACGGCCUCCUGGAUCCCACCUUCCAGAUGCCAACAUCCAAGAUCGAGGAGGAGAUUCCCAGAAUGCUCAAAGACUUUGGGUAUCCGUUUGCCCUCUCAAAAAGUUCAAUGUACUCCGUAGGAGCCCCUCAUACCUGGCCACAGGUGCUUGGGGCUCUGGUCUGGCUCAUUGACACUGUGAAGCUCUUCAACACUAUGAAAGAACAAGACCUUCUCUUUGCUGAUAUUUCUGAUCCUAGCGCUGAGAUUGAAGAUGGAGUUGAAUUCAAUAAGCUGUUUCUCGAUUACACGGCCGAGACCUACUACCGGUUCAUGCACGGUGCAGACACCUUUGAAGAUGAGGAUCAUGAAUACCUCACUAAACUGAAGAAACUUUAUAAUGUGGAUGAAGCCCUUCUGGAAUCUAUGGCUGAGAAACACCAAAUUCUGACUGAGGAAGUUGAGAGAUUAGAACGAGAGACCCAAAAGGAUCGGUUAAUGGCUAAAAGGACUGAGAAGCUAAAGUUGCAGACAGAUCAACAGAAACUGAGAGAUUAUUGCAGUAAAUCAGAGAUCUUCAAAUCAAAUCUGGAGAACAAAGCAGGAGGAAUAGCCGAGGAGCUGGAGGCCGCAGCUCUUCAGAUUGAAACUCUGAAGCAGGAGCAGGCCAGGCUUCAGCACGUCCUGGUGAACCAGAAGUUCUCGCCGGCGGACAUCGAGAGGAUCAACCGCGAGAGGAACGAGCUCCAGCACACCAUCAACACGUUGAGCAAAAGCCAGGAGGAGGCUGAACAGCACAUGUGGAACGAGGAGAUCGUGCUGGCCAAGGUCAAGGAGAGGGCUGAAGUGAAGCUUGGAGAAUACCACAAGCUUGCGCGUAAACUGAAGCUCAUCCCCGCGUCUGCUGAAAAUGCCUGCGGCCAGGACUUCGAGAUUAAAGUCACCACCGACUGCGGGCCGUCCACGAUAACGCAGUACAAAGUUCAGAUUCAGAAUCCUCUCAGGGAUAUGAUUUCUCACGUUGAUGAGGAGCUGAGUAGACUCACCAACAAGAAGCUGAGCUUGGAGGAGGCUGUGGAACAGGUAAACUUCAACUUAGCCGACAAGACGAACGACCUAAAGCAACUGAAAGAGAAAAUCCGAAGACUUGAUGAGCAGCUUGAAUACGACACGCAGGAGAGCGCUCGUGAGGAGAAGAAGUGGUCCACAGAUCUGGAGUCCAUGGAGAACCACAAGCGCCUGUUGGAGAAGAGGGUCACUGAAGGCUACGACAACGCUGUGGAGCAGCUGAAAGCCGUGCAGCAGCAGUAUCACCUGGUCCUGCAAGAGACCAACGAGGAGCGCAGGACUGUGGCAAACAACCUCUUUGGCGUGUUCUCUACAGCAACCAACCACCUGUCCAUUGUGGAGAAAUUCUUAGAGGAUCAACACAAACGGGUGGAGAGGGUCUACAAAGAGAAACUACAGGAGGACCAAGCUGAGCUGAAAGAACUGAAAGAGAUGGUGGAAAGCUACAUAGCAAAAGCUAAUGCGUUAUAGUGCUGCCUGUCAAAUUGCCUUGUAUAUAAAUACCUAUUUACAUUAAUGGAAGGAGAACGGAAUGUACAUAAGUGUAGCUGGAGUUGUGGCUUCCCUUUCUGGAAUGACUUAAAUGAGAGAUGAAAGCUUUGAUUUUAAUUAUAAUCUAAUACCACGACCACUGGAAGAAUUGGAAAUGGAGGCACCAACAGACGCAAACCUUCAUUUUGUUCAUGUUGAAGUUUAAAAUAUAAUAAAGUGUAUAACUUGUACUCUUGCCAACAUGGUUAAAAAGAGUUGUCACAUCUUGCAUUGGUUGAUUCAUGUCACUGAUUGCCCAAAGAUUUUAAGCGUCUGGUGUCUCGUGUCUAAAUAAUUCCCUGAUUUCGGGACAAGAAGAAAAGCAGCAGGGCAUCUGGGCUGCAUUUCAGUGCACCCCUCCUUCCUUCCUCUUCAGACAAUGACCAAUUCAGUCAAUUAAAGAAAUGUGCGGUAGCAUGAGCAACUAGCUUGUGACAGCAAAGCUAGUUGCUAGUUUUCUUUUUUCUUUUUUUAUAUACAUAAAUGGAAUUGCUACAAAA